CCAAUCGCCCGAUCAAUCAUCCAACAAGACCCUUGUUGAACUAGUCUACUGUAGGUAGUGCUAGACCAAAGUGGCAGUCGCAUUGGGUUGCCACCACCAGCGUGGAACACUACCCGGCAAGACCCAGAUUCCCUACAAGUGCGGGGAAACCCAUGCGCUGGGGGAAAUUCGAGGGUGCCGAAAAGCUCGUUGCCGACAAAACUAAACGGUCAAGCAUUCUUUUUAGCACUGCUGUAGGCAACGUUAAGUACUAAAAUGCUCAUUGACUGCUUCCCAUGAUAAAGACCGGGUAGAAGGAUGGGAUGUCCCCUGCUCCUUGUGGUGACGGAAGCGAUCCCAAGCUCAUGGAGGGAUAUUUUUUUGCGAAGACGAAACAAACCCUACCGGCGGACUGUCCGGCAAUUUUCUCCAUACCUCCCUCUUCACUAGAAUCUAGAACUAGAACCGGGCUUUUUUUCUGGACUUUUUGACCUUGUCAAAAUCGGACUUGCUCGCGACAGCUAGAGGUCUGGCCAUCUGCCAAAGAUGAGCUAAAAAGUUCUCCUUCCGAUCUAAUCUAGGCGCGCCAUUUGAUCUGUCUUUUGGUGUCUGGCCACAUCUUCUCUCUUUCUCUUUCUCUACCCGUCCUUUUACGGCGCCGCGCGGGACCCUAGAAGAGAGAAAGAAGGGAAGAGAUAUUCUACCGUCUUGUUUUACACACCGGACCACAACCUCCUUUCGAUAAUACUGUCCUGCCCAGCUUGAGUCUCCAUCACCAGAUGUCUGCUGCCGACUUCCCGGGCGUCUCUUGUCUGCUGUCAUAUCUGUGACACGGACAAUCACAACUCUGGGACGGUAGUAGACAGACAACUUAGGUCAGACGGCAAGACGGGACGCACGAAUUUAGCAAGCAACGGGAUUUCAACUUUUUUUUUUUUGCCCAUCAGCUUCUUAUCCGCUGGGAAAAAGCGAGGCUCGCUUUUUUGACACGAUGGAGAUUGACAGUCGGCCGUUAGAGACGCACGCGCACACACAUUCACAUGUGCACACAGAUAUGGCCGUUGAAUCCCCGCAGCCGGACGACGUGCCAGAGGAAGACCUGUCGGAACAUGCGCGUCCAAGAAAAAGGACGCGCCGUGCCUGCGAUAAGUGCAGCAAUUCACGAACUAGAUGCAACGGCGAGUGUCCUUGUCGUCGAUGCGUAGACUACGGUUACACCUGUCGCUAUAAUCGUGAAGUCAAGAAGAGAGGACGGGCCCCCAUUGCUAUUAGUAGUGAUGGCCGCGACCUUCCUUCAAAAAGGACCACCGAUAGCCAUAACAGACCGGUUCAUAAAUACGAAAGCCGUCAAGACGACGGCACUGCUCACCAACCUCACCACCCAAGUGCAAACCACCCACAGACCAGGUUUGGCGAUGGUGGCGGAGCGCCUACUCAAGGUGUGGCAGGCAACACCUCAUCGACCUCACCCACAAUAACCUUUCAUCCUGGGGAUCUACAAAAUAAUACACAACCAGCUUUGAGCAGUGCCGCCCAUGGUUCUAAUAACACCUCAGAGAUUGGGCACGUUUCUCAUUCCCCAGGAUCUUCAGGUCCUACGGCACAGUAUUUCGCUCAUUCUCAACGUCCCCAAAGCUAUAGUGAGCCGUCUAUUCCUGUCAGCGGCGGCCAUAGAUUGCAUAGCAGUCACAGCAAUCAUAGUACACAUAGCCAAAGCUUAUCAGGCCCACGUGAAGCGCUACCAAGCCCUUCUGCUGGAAAUCCCCAUCAGUCACUUCCCGGAAUAGCGCAUGUCCCUUUGUCAGCGAACAGCUCAAGCCAUCGCUCGGCGUACCAAACAACUCUUCCGUCUUCAAACACGGCUUACGGCGCGGGCGUGAAUGUUCAGAUGCAGCUGGCCAGCGUAUUGGACUCAACAGCAACCAUGGAUCAUUCAGGUAUGAUGGCCACAAGUCCACCAACCGGUGGACACCAUCACCAGCAGUCAUCGCCGACUCUAUCACGUCUUGUUCAUCAGCAGACCGGAACCUCUCCAGGUGGAGCUUUCCCCUCUAUGGGAGGGAGCCAUCAUGCAGGUAGUGUGCAUGGUGCACCAACAGGCAGUACCAGAGAGGGUAUUGCCUCUGACGAGAGCAUGGGCUAUCCGUCUCCGGCUAACGGAAGCGUCACCGGUGGUUACGGCGGCUCCCAUCGUCCCAGCGUCUCUUUCGGCGUCGAGAGCCCAUCAGGUCUUGGCAACAUGGGUCAUCAGUCCGGGCGUGAGGGCAGCCAUAGCAGCCAACGCCACGCAAAUGGCCGUGGCUCUUUCAGUACUGUGACUGGUGUCGCUAAUGGUCGAGUACGAAUUGGUUCCAUGGUCGAUGCAGGCGGCGCGACAUCCGGAGGAGGUUUCCCCGAGAUUCAACGAGUCUCGUCGCUAUACAAAGCGCCGAGUGCCGACUGUCGAUACGCGUGUCUGCUGCCAGUACUUCCAUAUAUUGCAGAUAUUAUACCCGCAAGCGUUGCAUGCGACCUACUUGACGUCUACUUAACAGAGCCCGGCAGCUCUCUCUUUCGCUGUGCUAGUCCUUACAUCUUGACGCGCAUAUUUCGCAAGAAGUCCCUACUGCACCCAACAAACCCCCGACCCACAACCCCUGCACUCCUUGCGACCAUGCUUUGGUGCGCUGCUCAAACAGCAGAUAUUGUAUUGCUCCAUGUGCCUGGAUCCCGAAGCAAGAUCACCAACGCGCUAUACGAGCUCUCUACGUCGCUCAUCUCUCGGCGCGACCCCGAUAGAUGGAGGCGAAUCCACGGCGGACUGCGGGUGGAAAAUGACCAGUCGCAAACCCACUACGCCGAAUAUUUCCGUAAUCUUAACGGCGGUGAUGGUCCAUCCUUGCGAGCUAGCGAUCACCUGCCAACGACCACAGCCACUAACGAGCCUGGGGGUGUUAUUGAUGACGUGCUCACGUUUGUCUUGCUAUCAAUUGCUGUAUCCGGAGGCGACUUCAAGUCCGACUGCUUCAAAUGGUGGAAUAAAGCCAUCAGACUGGCCCUGGCUCUCGGUCUCCAUCGAGAGGAUGAACGCUGUUCGGCCUCAGUGAGCCCCUGCGCCAACCCGCUGUGCUCCUGUCGGCGAGAACAUGAGGACGACACGUCCUUGUCAGGGGCUGAAGCCAGAGAGGAACGUAGGCGCGUCUUCUGGCUGAUCUACUGCCUGGACAGGCAUUUGGCGCUUUCCUUCAACAGCGCUUUGUAUAUCCCGGAUUCAUACUGCGAACUGUAUACUCCUCUUCCAGAAACAGUUUGGGAGGAACUCGAUACAAUCCCACACGCUUCAAUGCCUGAAAGAGUUAUCGGUCCGCCGACGGUCGUAACUGGCACCGGGUUUUUUGAGUAUUUCUUACCGCUCAUGGCCAUACUAGGGGAUAUUAUCGAGGUCCAUCACCGAAGGCUGCAUCCGCGACUCGGCACUCUUGACGACUCCCCCGCAGUGGCGGUUAUAAGUGAGGAACUGGCCGCUUGCGAGCGGAGCCUCGACCGACUAGCCCUCGAUGCAGAGCCGUUGGCCCCUGCAGCUGAUCCGAUUGGAUCGGACUAUUUGUCGGCGGCAUCCGCGGGCGGUCCUGGGGUUAUCGGAGGCUCUGCCGUAGCAGCCACCUCGGCCCCUGCAGGCAGUACUCCCGGGCCACAUAUUAAGGAUCUCGUGACGGGCGGUGUAGAUGGCGCCAGGCCAGUAUCGACUGGGAGUCAGAACGGCACCAGCGCUCAGGAUGGCGUGGCGAAAGUCGAACCCGGGCCUACAGCCCAGUCGACAACACCGUCCGGACCGCCGCCUUUCUCUGCCGGCUCUGCAGGUAAUACGCCCCCAGAUCGGCGACAGCACCGCCCCUCUUCCGUUCGUGACCGGUCACGUCUGCAACUGGUUAUGGCGUACAGCACACACAUCCUUCAUGUGCUACAUGUGCUGUUGCAUGGGAAGUGGGAUGCCAUCUCGAUGCUGGACGACGAUGACGACUGGAUAACUUCGGCGCGCUUCAACGACUGCGCCGCCUCAGCCAUAGCCGCUUCUCAAGCUGUCAGCAGGAUCCUGCGGCAUGACCCGGAGUUGACCUUUAUGCCGUAUUUAUUCGGGAUCUAUCUUCUACACGGCUCGUUUAUUCUGCUCUUGUUUGCCGACCGCAUGCCGCAGCUGGGCGGACCUAAUCAGUCAGUCGAGCAAGCUUGCGAAACGAUUGUUCGAGCCCAUGAGGUAUGCGUUGUGACGCUGUCCACUGAAUUCCAGAAGAAUUUCCGGAAGGUCCUGCGGAGCACCUUGUAUAGCGUUCGUGGCUCCAGUCCUACCGAGUGGGAGGAGCACAAGGCUAGAAGGAGGGCAUUGAGUUUGUAUCGUUGGACUAGAGGUGCCAAGGGUCUGGGUCUGUGAAGCGACAAAUUCCGGUUUGCUGCGCUACAUGAGGAAUGAAUCUUGGAUUGCCAUAGUAAUGAAGUUGGCAAAUAUUUUACCAUUACCUGCCGG